GCGAGGUUUGUUUUUGAAGCAGGGGCAACCUAGCUAGCAGACUGACUGACUAAUUAAAACUUCUCUAACAUUUUGUAUAGUGGAUUUUUGUCAGCAUAUUGUCAAGAGUUUCUUCGAGACAUGAAAGUCAACACUCUCAUACGCGGCCAUGGUGUCACAGGUGCCAAGUGACAAACUUCAGGGAUUACAUAAAUUAACUGUAAUGGAUUUCACGUUACCCUCAAAAAACAUUUACGACACAUACAAACAUGAAAUCUGGAAAGAGCUGGGCCCCCUGGACCCCGACUGGUUUGAGACACUGACAGCUCAAACGUUCACUGAUGAGGGAAAUUUCUCUGAUCAAGAUGACCUGUGUGCCAACCAAGAGGGACAUUUUAAAACACCUUUUGAAAAAACUGCAGUAGACAGUCAGCUGUUUUCAACCCCGAAGGUUUUCAGACGAAGUCGGGUUGUGUCACCAGAAACUGAGGAUGAGCAGUCGUUCACUGAAAAAGAAACAAUGCCAUGGAUGGCAACACAAAGUCCAUAUUUGUUUCAAAUGUCAAAAGAGGGUGUUCCAGGUGCGAAAUAUGGAGGAUUCCAGCCUCAAACUCAGACCAGCUUUGAUCCGCUUCAUACCCCACACAAAUCCCUAGUCAGCUACGGAGAGCGUAUAUCUGAAAGUCUCGGAGUACAAAUUCAUCCUGAUAUGUCAUGGACUAGUUCUCUGAAUACCCCACCAGCAGUACCAUCCACCCUCAUUUUAUCUAAAACUGAUGAAAGUCCCUGUCCAAUGAGUGUGUCUGCAGAAAAAGAUGUUGUUUUUGUACGGAAGCUUUUCCCUUCUCUUUCAAAUGCAUCAAAAGUUGAAGUGGUGUCACCCAAAAACAAUGACAUACCUACGGUUCAACAAGGUGCUGUUUCUCCCUGAGGCUGCUCCGAAUCCAGAGUCCUACGACUCCCUGCAGAGUUCUGUUUGGAAACAGAAGCUACCAGAUGCUAUUGAGGAUGGAGAUAUUUGCAGCACAGUAGCAAGUGUUCUUGAUGGAGCUGAAAAUGUUC